CGUCUAUGGAAAGAUCAAAACGCCCUAGGUGCCCAUGCAACUGAUCUACAGCUGGCGAAACUGCAAGAGCGCUCCAAUGCCCUACUGCGGAAGGUAGAGCAUCGGUGCCAGGUUCAAUUGCUCUAUAUGUCCAUGGUCAGCCGCCUCCGUACAUCUGAAACUACGAGCGCAGAAAUAGCACGAGAGGAGAAAAUGCAUGAAACCAACCUUUGGCUUCCAUCCGAGCUCAAGCACACCGCCGAGUUG